UAAUAGCUAUUUAUCUAAUCAGUUCAUUUUGAACCGCACUACGAGUGGGCGCUUUCGUUAGCAAAACCUUGCAUCGCGCGAUCCAAGCACAAUGGCAGCACCCAGUUUAAAGUUGCUGAAUGGGUUCCAACUACCCUUGGUGGGCUUAGGAACCUUCACAGUUACCGAUGAAAAAGCCCUGGAAACUUCGCUAAACACCGCACUGGAAAGUGGCUACCGCCACAUCGAUACGGCCACCGUGUACAAUAACGAGCACAUCAUCGGCAAAGUGCUGAAAGCCUGGUUUGACUCUGGAAAACUAAAGCGACAGGAAGUUUUCAUCACGACCAAACUGCCUCCUGCUGGUCUGCAUCCCGAUAGGCUGGAAGAGUAUCUGCUGAAAUCUCUCGAACUGCUUCAAGUGGACUACGUGGACUUGUACUUGAUUCAUUUGCCGAUUCAUAUACAGUCUUUUGGUGGUGCCAGCACAAAUCUGGCGGCUUCGCAGCCCCAACCGACCGAUCAUCUUGCAGUGUGGAAGAAACUGGAAGAGCAAGUGGAUUUGGGCAGAACCCGCGCCAUUGGAGUGUCGAACUUCAACCAAAGCCAAGUGAAGCGCGUGUUUGAAAAUGCGCGAAUCAAACCCGCAGCCAACCAGGUGGAGUUGCACAUUUACCUCCAGCAGCCUGAGCUGGUCGAUUACUUGCAAGCCAAUGGCAUCGUGCCUGUAUCGUACUUUUCGCUGGGAAAUCCCGGAAUUAACGAAUUUCUGGUGAAGAACGGGCGUCCGCCAAGGAACGUCGGCAGUGAGCUGCUGGAUGAUCCAGUUGUGCGGGAAAUCGCCACUAAACAUGGGAAAACAUCUGGGCAAGUCUUGCUGAAGUAUCUGGUUCAGAAGAAGAUUGCGGUGAUCCCGAAAAGUGUGACUCCCAGCAGAAUCCGCGAGAAUAUUGGGCUGUUCGAUUUUCAGCUGGAUGCUGCUGAUGUUGGAGCUCUGCAGGCUCUGGAUAAGGGCGAGGCCGGCAGACGCUCGACCAUGGCUUUCAAUCAAGCUAUCGUCGAUCAUCCAGAGUACCCAUUUCCACGCAUUGCCAGGACUGUUUAAACCGGUUAAUUGACGCAAUAAACGCACACUAAUUACAA